GGGAUAUCUGCACCCAGCGGUUGCUUAGAGCCAGGAACUAGGCACCGACGUGCUGGACACGAGCCCUUCGGUCGGGCAACGGAGCUUUUCGGCAGGACGAGGCGGACAGAGGUGCGGGGGAAGUGGGGCGGGACUAUUUUUUCUCUGAGGCGGAUGAAAACUGACGGAAGAGGGCGGCACUGCGACGCAAGAUGGCGGCGCCCUGAGGAGCUUUAAGAUCGGAGGAGGCACAGAUGAGGACCCUGCUGUGACCCCCCUGCGUCCCGUCACCAGCGCCCCCGCCUGGAGAGCAGCAUGGCCCAUCCAAUCAAUGUGUGGGAGCAUCUCUACCUGCUGGAGUCCACCGACCUGCAACAACUGGACGACAUUCACAAGCUGAUACGAGAGCACCUCGCUUCAGAUCGUUCUCCAGUCCUUGUGAACAACUUGGUGGAUCAUUACCUGGAAAACAGUUCUGAACAAGCAAUGUUAAUCCUUUCUUUGGUACAAGAGCCCCAUGACAAGCACUUAUUGGAUAAGAUAAAUGAAUAUUUAGGUAAAGUAGCUACCCGUUUACCAACCCUGACACUACUGGGCCAUGUGAUUCGGCGCCAGCCAUCUUGGAAGCACAAGUUGUCGCAAGCACCUGUCCUGCAGUCCUUGUUGAAGUGUCUUAAGACAGACACAGAUGUCGUUAUUCUCACCACCGCGGUCCUGGUGUUAAUCACGGUGCUGCCAAUGAUUCCGCAGUCCGGGAAACAGUAUCUGCACGAGUUCUUUGACAUUUUUGGCCGCCUGUCAGCCUGGUGCUUGAAGAACCCAGGUCAUGUACCGGAGACUUGCCUUGUCCAUCUACAUGCCAGCGUGUAUGCCCUCUUCCACCGCCUCUACGGAAUGUAUCCCUGCAACUUUGUGUCUUUCCUCCGCUCCCAUUACAGUAUGAAGGAAAACCUUGAGACGUUUGAAGAGAUCGUAAAGCCAAUGAUGGAACAUGUUCGAAUUCACCCAGAGCUGGUCACUGGUUCCAAAGACCAUGAAUUGGACCCAAGCAGGUGGAAAAGGUUGGAAACCCAUGACAUAGUUGUUGAAUGUGCCAAAAUCUCUCUGGACCCCAAUGAAGCAUCUUAUGAAGAAGGAUACUCUCCCCUUUCCUCCCGGAUUCGACAAAGGCAGCAGGAUGCAGCUUUGAGCCCCUAUCCUGAGAUCUACAGCAACUAUGGAAGCAACUCCACCACGCCCUUUUCCACUCCAAAGCUUUGCACACAGGGGCCUAUAUUGCACCAUAUCGGAAACCAGGCCGAACCUGCACAGGACUCUAUAUGGAGCCCUAGCACCUUGUGCGGAAUGACUACACCCCCCAGCUCUCCAGUUAGCGCGCAGCCAGAUACCUUCCAGUUCACUUCCCGUCCUCCUGGUAAAGUUCUAAGCACACCUGGUGGCAAAGGAACCCCCAUGGGAACACCAGCAACCUCCCCUCCUCCCAUGCUUACCUCUGAGGACCCUAUGCCUGCCACAAAUGUCUCAACCACCUUAACACCCACCAGAAAGAAUGAAGUCUCUAGUCAGGAGAAACUCAAGCAACAGCUCCACAAGGGAGAGAAGGGCUCAGAUAAAACUCCCAAAGUUGUGAAGAUGGUGUCGCUGAGUGAACUUCCUGAGGUGAUCGAAGGGUUAUCUGUCAACCACAAUAACACUGAGGAAGCUGCUAUAUCCCAGGAGCUGUCUCAGAUCAUCAACCCAUCCGACCACGAGCCGGCUGUGCGCCGCGGGGGCUUUGAUUCACCUUUUUGUCCUCAGUCGGACAGUCAACCCACCUCUCAGAAAAAGAGCUCUUGUAAUGUCGCCCAGCCCCCAGAUAACCCAACUGCUAACAAGCUGCGCUGCAACGGCUCCCAGGACUCUUCAAAACAGGCGUUCACCCCCAUUGAGCCCCCCAAUGGAGAGGAGAAUGACGACUCAGGGAAGACACAGACUACUAACUCCAGGAACAUCCUUACCCCUAGCCCUUGCAAAACUCAGGCCCGUUGCAGAUCUUGUUUCAAUCCUGCCCCCUACGAGCACCUUUUUGAGCUGGCUCUGCCUAAAACUGCAAGCUUUUUCAUCUCCAAAAAGACAGAGGGGGUGUACAAGAAAUUCAAAGGGAGCAAUGAAGAAGGUGAAGAAAACAGCACUUCGGUGUCUCCUGCUGAGGUGCUUGACCGGCUCAUACAUUUAGGAGCGGAUGCACACACCAAAGAGCUGAACAAAUUGCCUUUACCCAGCAAAUCGGUUGACUGGACUCACUUUGGAGGUUCACCCCCAACCGAUGAGAUUCUCACGUUAAGGAACCAGUUGGUGCUGCUUCACAACCAGCUUCUGUACGAGCGAUUUAAAAGACAGCAACACGCCCAGCGCAACAGGCGGCUACUGCGCAAGGUGAUCAAAGUGACUGCCCUGGAGGAACAGAAUGCUGCUAUGAAAACCCUAUUAAAGAUGCAAGAAACGGACAUGCAGACAGCCAAGCAAAGCCUCGUACAAGAACAGGUGCGAUGCAGGAGGCUGCAGGAAGAGAAGGACACUAUGGUUUCUCAGCUUCACAGACAGAUCCGACAACUCCAACAUGACAGGGAGGAGUUCUACAAUCAGAGCCAGGAGCUACAGACUAAGCUUGAGGAUAGUCGCAAUACGAUAACGAACCUGCGCUCUGAACUGAAGCUGUCCAACAACAAGGUGUGCCACACAGAGCUUAGACUCAGCCAGGUGUCUCAGAAGCUCUCAAACAGCGAGUCUGUGCAGCACCAGAUGGAGUUUUUAAACCGGCAGCUUUUGAUUCUUGGUGAGGUGAACGAGCUUUAUGUGGAGCAACUGCAACACAAAAACAUCAACGCUGAUAAGGAAGUAGAGAUGCUGCAGGUGUCCUUUAGAAAAGAGCUGGAAAAAGCCCGCUGCAUGGUUGUGCAGCAAGGUCAGAGGCUCGAAAGUGCCCAGAGGAAAAUAGCGGAGCUGGAGACGCAGCUGGCCAAAAAGGAGGGGUUAUUCCAGGAGCAAAAGAAAUUCUUGGAAGAUGUAAAAUCGAAGCACAAAGGGCAGCUCCAGGCGGCAGAUAGCAAGUAUACUGCCCAGAAAAGAAUAAGUCAGGUCUUUGAAGUGGAGAUCCUCCAUCUGUAUAGCCAGCUUGAGAAAGAAGGUCUGUUCAAGAAGCAAGCGGAAGAAAAGGCUGAAACUGCAGAAGUUGCAGAGGAAAGGUUUGACAUUGACAGCGUGAGUGUUUCCAGUCCUGACGACUCCAACAAGGAAGAAAUGAAUGUCAGUAAUGGCAGCAAAGCCGCCAUGCACACAAGCGUUCUGUCUAGCGGAGGAAGUAGCCGUAGCGGAAGCAGCAGCAGCAGUCUGUCCACCCCAGAGAAAGGCACUAACUUGCCCCUCGGAUUUAGAGAAGCUCUAGAGUUACCUCCCAGCGGUCACCUCACUAUUGGCUCCUACCCAAACGCUAAGAGUAUUCUGAGUAUCCGGGCCCGUGAGUUGUUUCGUAACAAGAGUGAGAGCCAUUGUGAUGAGGAAGGAAUGAGUAGCCUUUCCGAGAUCCUGAAAACUGAGCUCUGCCAGGGGUCGGCCUCCGAGGUCGGGGUCUCCUCCGCAAGUAAUGUGGGUGGCACAUGCGUACGGGAUUUUCAAAUCAUGGACUAUGAUUGACUAGACACAUCAUGACCACAGUUAGGAGGCGCGCAAUCAGUGUUACCUUCCUUCUGGCUCUUGGCAUCUGAACCUUCAAGAAAGUCACGCUACUUCUGCAGUGCAACAGUAGCAGACCACUGGAACUGAAGGGGAUCGAGGAAUCUCUUUACGUCCCCCCCAUUACUUUAUUUCUCCCCCUCAUCUCACCUUUGUUCUAUUCCCCUUCUUGCAAUGAGCAGAUUGGGACCUACAAGGAAUAAACAUGUACCACGGCACAUCCAGGGACGUAAUGUUCUCCUAAAUCAGAACUACUUUUCCCUCCACAAUUAUCCAUUCUUGCUUGCCAGGUCCGGAUCGAUCAUUGCUCAUUGCAUCCUGAGCAUUUAAAUAAUGGAAAGAAUAUUUUUAGAUUUGAUUGACUUCCCCCUGCUAGGUCCAAUCUGCACCCCAAAAGCUAUCCUGCAACUAAUAAUUUAGGACAUAUCGCCAGCAUCUUGCCCCCUCCCAUAGGACGCUGGAAUACGGCAGCUCAGUCCAGCAUAUUGCUUUAUAGAAGUGGCCUUAUAUGUUAGUUGGAUGCCAAAUGACGUAAGGGACCAACCGUUUACCUGGGCUCAUCCUUCUUCAGAUUCUUAUAUACCGCCCCCAUAAGUAUCUGCACUUGUUGGCCCACAGCCCUGUCCCAAUAGAGAAUUUUCUAUUCACUGGUAGCAAGCAGAGCUUGCAGCCAGUUCCUUUCAUUGUUUCAGUCUGCAAUACAUUGGGACAGACCUAAUCAUGGAGACCUUUUACGUACAGAUCUGAAUAUAAAUUUCUAAGUUCGUCAGUUUAGAUGAUUGCACUUUAACGAAACCCCUAAGCUCGAAUUAAACACUACACCAAUGCACCCUACUGACCUUAAAGGAUCGCACGUUAAUUACUAAACUACUUAAACCACCCUCAUGACCUGUGGCUAAACUACAGCUCCCAUCUUGGGCUGUGUCACGGCAUGAUGAGAGUCGCAGUUUUGCACGGGUCGGCGAGUGUUACUUUAAGCAUUAACUCCUCACUUUCCCCCCACCUUUGUAUUAUGGCCUAGAUUUCAUGGCAGAAUCAUGAAUUUUACAUGCUGGAUAAGAGCAGCGUGCUGUAAAGUGCAACCAACGCCAUCAACUGGAUUCUCCUAACAGAAUGGGAGAUGCCUGUAAUGAGGCUCUUUCUGAUAGAUGGUUAUAUUUUUAUCAGCAUUUGCCUUCUAUCUAGUGAUUCCCCCUUUGCUGCAAUCAUGUAAGUACUCAGCAGGGAUGAUUUGGGGGCCGAAGGCAUCAUCGAGGUGCGGAGUGCCUCAGUGAUGCCGCUAGUUUUUAGUAGACUCGGUGGCUGCAGAAAUUGCACCGCUCUUGUCCAUAGUCUCUGUGGUAUUGCAGCUCAGCCCUAUUGAAGUAAGAUCUGCAAUACCAGACUUGGCCUAGAGUGGCGCCAUUUUUUGGAAGAAAGCAGCCAUUUUUUUUUCCUAUUAAGCCAUAGUGUCCUCUGUGGUCAAUACACGGUUACUGUCCGCUGCCCCACAAAGACAUUUAAUGAAUUUUUUUUUUUUUUUUUUCCUGCUUGGUUUAACCCUUGCCAUGUCCCGUGUUUGAUCAUUGACCAGCAGACUACGGUUCACAUCAUGAAACCACAAUCCUGCAAGCAGGUGGACAGGCUGCGGACACAGAGUAUUAGUCCAGAGCAGACUACAACCCCCAGGAGGUCUAGAGCUGUUUAAGACUAUUUGCUUGUGUUUAACUGUGAACAAAUAAAACAGAUUCUUCUUUUGCACUAUU